CCGAACGUAUUAGUAUUCACUCUACACCACAGAACAUAUUCAUUAUCUAAAUUUGUGCUGUUCUUGGUCAAAUUCGGGGAAAUAAUCAACAAGGAAUAAAUCCAUAUUAGAUUUGUUAUGCAAUAAUUUUGGAAAAAUCGAAGAUUAAUUUAAAAAAAAUGUAGCUCUAAAAUCCAGAAUAAUGUUUGAAUAUUUAUUUCUGUCAAACUUGAGAAGGAAUUAUUUUUAGGUUAUGUUACUAGGCAGAAAGUGCAUUUUAUAUGUGAUAUGCAUGAAAAUAAUCUACAAUUUAAGGGCGGUAAUCCCGGAGCAGUUCAAUAUGGAAAUUUUAUUAAUUAUUACCAAUUCCAUUCCACAGAAGAACGUAUUAAUUUAUUACCAAAAAAUAUAUGGAAUCAGAUGAAUCCUUUUGUUGCAUUGGACGUUGGUUGUAAUGCUGGAAACCUAACAAUGGCUUUAAAAGACUUUUUAAAAAAAUAUUCCUCACUAGAGCCUUCAAUAUUGGCGGUUGAUAUUGACCCACUGUUAAUAAACAGAGCUAAUGAACACACAUCUGAUGGUAUUACAUUCCAAUGUUUAGAUAUCAUGGAUGUAACUAAAAGAGACCAAACUAUCAAUAAAUAUUUGAUUCAAAUGAAAGUUGAAAAGUUCAAAGUAGCUUUUUGUUUUUCAACAACAAUGUGGAUACAUUUAAAUUAUGGUGACGAGGGAUUAGAAAACUUUUUGAAAUAUAUUUGUAGUAUUGCUGUGGUAGUGGUAAUUGAACCACAACCUUGGAAAUGCUACAAAACCGCAGUAAAGCGAAUGAAACAAAAAAAAUUUGUAUUUCCCGAGUUUUCAAAACUGAAAUAUAGAGAAAAUGUUGAGAGUGUUAUCGAACAAGUGUUAAAUAUCGAUUGUAACAUGGUAAAAUUGAUAGAAAGUGAAAGAACUACCUGGGAGAGAAAAUUGUUGAUAUUUAAACAAAAGUUAUGUAAUAUAUCUUGAAAUAUUA